CUGUGAAACCAAAAUUCGAUUUCGCUUAAAAUUAAAGAGUUCUCUAUGUUUUCCCUUUACGCCAAAUAGCCACAGGAAUAGCGUAAAACCAGACAAACUGAUCUAAAGCCCAUUUAAUAGGCCACCAUUUUUCCACUUAAUUCCCCGAGCAGUCCAAAAUGUGCCGGCCAUAAAAGCAGAGCAGCAGUUAUCCCAGCACGUUAUCCCCUAGAGAAAUCGAGAGACUAGCAAACCCAGAGAUAUCCUUCAGCUGCCAGUAAAAAACUCGAGGUAAACUGUAAACACGAGUGUGGAGAAUGGUCAGAAAGCAAGUUGGAAUCGAACACAGCGCAUCCUUAGCAGUAAGCAAGCAGCAGGAUCAAACGGAGCAGGACUACAAGUUGAAGGAUCAGAAGCCAAAGGAACAGGAGCAGCAGCGCAUCGACUUAGACUUGACGCCGGAUCCGGCCAACAACAAGAACAACUUCAACUUCGCCCAGCAGGCGCAGGCCACCUACUCCGCCCGCACCCUAUCCGCCAGCUAUGAGCACGGCCAGAAUCUCGGCCUGCAACAUGCCCAUCUCGCCGCCACGCCCUACGACCUGUACGAGGUCGCCAGCUCCGGCUCCAUCCUGCCCACCGAGAUCCCCAUCGAGGACGAGGAGCGGCUGGAGCGGAUCUUCAAUAAGCUGGACCGCGACGGCGACGGCAGGAUCGACAUCCACGACCUCUCGGCGGCCUUGCACGAGUUCGGCUUGUCGAGCGUCUACGCGGAGAAAUUCCUUCAACAGUCGGACAAGGAUCAGAGCGGCAACGUGGGCUUCGCCGAGUUCCUGCAUUAUGUGCGGGAACAUGAGAAGAACUUGGUCCUGCAGUUCUCGCACCUAGAUAAAAAUCGUGAUGGCAAAGUGGACUUGGAGGAGCUGAUUUCCGCAUUCAAGGACCUGGGUCUUGAUAUUGACCUGGACGAGGCUAGGAAUCUGCUCACCAGAAUGGAUAAGGACGGCAGCCUGAACAUUAGCUUUAACGAGUGGCGCGACUUUAUGCUCUUGGCGCCCUCGACGGACAUUCACGACUUAAUUAAAUUUUGGCGGCACUCUACUUACCUCGACAUAGGCGAGGAUAUGAAUGUACCUGAUGACUUCACACAGAAAGAGAUGCAGACGGGCCUCUGGUGGCGACAUUUGGUGGCGGGUGGCAUUGCCGGAGCAGUUUCCCGGACGUGCACAGCGCCGCUGGACAGGAUCAAAGUGUACUUGCAAGUACAAACGCAAAGAAUGGGAAUCUCAGAGUGUAUGCACAUCAUGCUGAACGAAGGCGGAUCGCGGAGCAUGUGGCGAGGCAAUGGCAUCAAUGUGUUGAAGAUUGCCCCGGAGACUGCCUUCAAGUUCGCUGCCUACGAACAGAUGAAGCGACUGAUCCGCGGAGACGACGCUAGCCGGCAAAUGAGCAUAGUGGAGCGUUUCUACGCGGGCGCCGCGGCAGGCGGUAUUUCACAGACCAUCAUCUACCCCAUGGAAGUAUUAAAGACGCGACUGGCGCUCAGAAAGACGGGCCAGUACGCGGGCAUUGCCGAUGCCGCGGCCAAGAUCUACAAGCACGAGGGAGUGCGCAGCUUCUACCGCGGCUACGUGCCGAACAUCCUGGGAAUCCUGCCCUACGCCGGCAUUGAUCUGGCUGUGUACGAGACGCUGAAGCGACGGUACAUCGCCAACCACGACAACAACGAGCAGCCCAGCUUCCUGGUGCUCCUGGCCUGUGGCAGCACAUCGAGCACACUCGGACAGCUCUGCUCCUACCCGCUGGCCCUGGUGCGCACUCGGCUACAGGCACAAGCCGCCGAAACAAUUGCCAAUCAAAAGCGGAAGACGCAAAUACCCCUGAAGAGCAGCGACGCGCACAGCGGCGAGGAGACGAUGACGGGUCUGUUCCGCAAGAUCGUGCGGCAGGAGGGCCUGACGGGACUGUACCGCGGCAUCACGCCCAACUUCCUCAAGGUGCUGCCGGCGGUGUCCAUCAGCUACGUGGUGUACGAGUACUCGAGUCGCGCCCUGGGCAUCAAGAUGUCGUGAGGUGUCUGCCUUAAGCUCGCUCCUCCGAUCAGGUUAACUCGGCUCGGCCCGGCCGCCCGGCUGCGGACCCGCUCUGCAGGGCGGAUCGGGCUGCGGUCGGGAUGGCGGCCGGUGAUCCCCGGACGCUGAGACGCUGUGCUCCAUUUUGUAUAGUAGUAGCGGUAGGUUAAGUCGGCCAGCCCGCCACUCGCUCUCUGCUGCAACGAGCGAACGAACGAAUACUCGUGAUCGUGACUCGUGCUGCUUUCCUUAAGUGUAAAACAAAACUAAACAACAGGCCUCUUCCACGUUCUGGGUUAUCCUUUUAAGUUUUUAUAGUUGAAUUAGUUUGGUUAUUUUCUUAAAAUACAAAAUAAGUGAUACUACGGCUAAUUUAUUUAUAAAUGCGAAUGCGAAAAUGUUACAUUUUGGCGCGUGGUGGACGCGACGCGACGCGAGCUAAUCCCACACAUUUCUUAGGCUAUCCUGCUGCGACCUACAAGUAGGUUUAGGCCACACUAUCUCUUAAGUGCUAAUUUAUUUACAAUUGUACGUAGGCUACGUCAGUAAACUGCUAAAAAGAAUGAAAACAGAAAACAACAAACACAUACCAAAAAACGGAACCGGCUUCGAAAAGUUUCACGGGUUUUCAGUUUGUCCCAUCCGACACUGCUUUCGAAAGCGAAAUAAAAGCGUAAAUCAGAGUGAGCGAGGCAGGCUGAAUGCGAAUGCGAAUGCGAGGGAAUUAGAAGUCCAAUCGACGGAUAUUCGGCAGCGUUUUAAGCUUAAACACAAAAGACAUUAAAACUACGAUGUACUCGUUUUUGCUUAGAUUAAUGGAUUACACAAAAUAAUGAGAAACACUUAACGUUUACAAUGUGAUGAUAAUAGUUUAUAAUAUACACAUAUAUACAUAUACCUACUAUGAUACCGACUUGUAAGCCUCCAAGUUGUCGGCGGCGAGGCUGAAAAAAUUGUAGCAUUUUAUUUGUUAAGUUUAGUAACACUUUCUCUUAGAUCGUAUUGCAAUUGAAGCCAACGAGAUUAAUUGUGACUAAAGCUAACAAACAAAACAAACACAACAACACCCACACACACCCGCACAUACAAUGUAAUUUAUUUUAUAUAUCAUGUGAAUCUGAACCCGAACGCAAAACAGACCAAUCUUAAGUUCAAUCAUAUUUUAUACACACUGUACGGUUCUGAAUUUAAAAGUAUAUGUAUAAUUUGUACCUUACUCUUAAUUAGCCAAUUGAAUUUUGUACGUCUAUAGUGAAAGUAAUGACUCUUUAAAUAUGAUUUUUUAUUAUCCAAAACAUGCUUUAUCACAGCACCGCAUUUUAAUGAAGUCUAUCACGUUUGAAUCAUUUGUCCCAUUUGAUCAUUAAAUACCAUGCAAAUAAAUACAACAAUUAAAAUGAAAUUUAA